CAGAAGCUCAAGUAUCCCCGAGCCAUUCCGUUCAUCAUCAGCAAUGAGUUUUGCGAACGGUUCAACUACUAUGGCAUGCGAACCGUGCUGGUACUGUACCUUACGAGGAAGCUGGACUUUGACGACGAUACGGCCACGGUGCUGUAUCACACGUUUACCACCUUGGUGUAUUUUAUGUGCGUGAUCGGGGCCAUCAUCGCCGACAGUUGGUUGGGUAAAUUUCGCACCAUACUGUAUCUGUCGAUCGUGUACACGAUCGGUAGCGGAUGCAUUACGCUCGGAGCCAUACCGACCUGGGAUCUGGAUGCACGAGCGAUGACCAUUGCCGGAUUGCUGCUAAUCGCCUUCGGAUCGGGUGGCAUUAAACCGUGUGUCGCCGCGUUCGGUGGCGAACAGUUUAAGCUGCCGGAACAGGCGAAAUAUCUGGCGCUGUUCUUCUCCAUGUUCUACUUUGCGGUCAAUUCGGGCUCGUUCGUAUCGACCAUGGUUACCCCGAUUUUGCGCGAAGAUGUGAAAUGCUUCGAUGACGAUGACUGCUUCCCGUUGGCGUUCGGAGUGCCCGGUGUGCUGAUGGUGAUAUCCAUCAUCAUAUUCAUCGUUGGCAAGCCGCUGUACAAGAUAUCCGCGCCCGCGGGCAAUAUGUUCGUAAAGGUUUCCAAAUGUAUUUGGACUGCUAUACGCACACGAUCGCGAGAAAAAUCGAUCAACCCUCGAGAGCACUGGUUGGACUAUUCUGAAAAGCGCUGGGGACGUCAGCUGGUCGACGAAACGCGCAUUCUGCUGAACGUGCUAAAGCUGUACAUUCCGUUGCCGGUGUUUUGGGCGCUGUUCGAUCAGCAGGGAUCUCGCUGGACGUUCCAAGCGACCCGAAUGGAUGGUGAUCUGGGCUUUUGGACGAUUAAGCCGGACCAGAUGCAGGUCAUCAAUCCACUGCUUAUCCUGGUAUUCAUUCCACUGUACGAGGUCGCUUUCUAUCCCCUGCUAAGCAUGAUCGGAAUUCGACGACCGCUGCAAAAGCUCACGCUGGGCGGUAUAUUUGCUGGGUUGGCAUUCGUUAUAUCGACCAUUGUCGAAAUUCAGCUCGAGUCCACUUACGCCGUACUUCCGAAGGAAGGGGAGGCUCAGCUGCGAAUAUUCAAUGGCAUGAACUGCGACUAUCGCGUUCAGUCAAACAUUCCGGAGCACGCCGACUUUACGCUGAAUGCUAUGAGCAUGUUUGAGGAGAAGUACCUCAACGUGAAGGGUAAAGCCACGUACACUUACACACUGUCCUCUACGGGGCCUGGGUCGGAUUGUACGGUGUCGGAGGAACAGCGUACGUUUGAGGUGGAGGAGGAAAGGCAGUAUUCGUACUUUCUCCGCAAGCAGAACUCGGUCAUCAGUGCGUUGAGAUACGAAGACGAUACGGAAAAGUCUUCCAAGGGUUAUCCGAUAUUCCGUGUGCUGGGAAAUACCGCCACCAACCGGACGGUGGUGUUCAGGGAUGUUGAUUCAUCCGAUCCGUUCGAUCGGCACAAGAACGGUUCGUAUGUGUACGAUCGGGUUGAGUCCUAUCCUUCCGAUUACGAAAUCUAUGUAGAUGGGGAGCUGACAUUGACCUACACGAUGCGGUUAGGAGGCGUGUAUGCGUUCAUUGUGAGCGAUGUUGAUGGAAUGAUCACUGAGCCCAUCAUCGUCACCGAACCGAACUCCGUCAACAUGCUUUGGUUGAUUCCACAGUACGUAGUGAUGACGCUCGGCGAAGUAAUGUACUCCAUUACGGGGCUCGAGUUUUCGUUCACGCAAGCUCCGGAAAGCAUGAAAUCGGUACUGCAGGGAUGCUGGCAGCUGACAGUGGCCGUGGGCAAUCUGAUUGUGGUUAUUGUAGCCGAAGCAAAAAUCUUUGACGCACAGAAAUGGGAGUUUGUGCUGUUUGCCGGCCUGAUGUUUGUCGACAUGGGCCUAUUUUCUAUACUGGCCUGGCGUUACAAAGCGAUACCGCUUAAGAAUUAUGAUGAAGAAAAUGAUGAUGCCAACGCUACGUUGCCAAUCGACCAGAAGGAUCAAAAUGGUCUCGAUAAUCCCGCGUUUAAAAAAUCCUCAGACGAGUAG